GUGUCAGUAACUGUUUUUUUUUUUACAACGGCCAUACAACUGGAAGAAGAAAAAGUAAGACUAACAAUAGAAGAAGAGGCGUCUAAAACCAAGCGAGGAAUAUAGCAAAGGUUAUUUCAAAUGGCGUCCAGCAUCUCUGACAAUCACUUCGAAUUAUCUAUUGAAGUUCCCUUUCCUUCACAGAGGGAGGUGUCUAUUGCACUCCAGUCCUUGUCCCCUGAUCGUGAGCCACGAGCAGGAGGUACCAUAAAAACUCUGAGUGCUUCAGCCAAUGCACUAUCUGUAAAAUGGAAUGCUGUUGAGGCUCGCAGUCUUCGUGUGUCAGUAGGAUCUUUUUUAGAUCACUUGGCACUUGUAAUGGAAACUAUGGAUGCAUUUGGACAACCAGCUCUUCAGUGAAACUAAUGGAGCAUGUUUACUAGUUUAAAUUCAUUUAGACUUACACAAAUCGUAGACUCAUUUGAAAAAACUAUGUGAAAUUAGGUUCUUAACGACCUGGACCAGUGUUAAAAGUGUGCAGAGGAACUUGUUGUGCAGAAAUAAAACCUGGGGUUGGUUGAGUAUUUUACAGAAUACAGAGUAGUUUACAGAAUGUAAUCUAGUAUUCUGUAAAAUGUUUAACAAAUUAAAAUGACUGGCUCCAAAUAUUUUUCAGACCUUAUCUAUGGAAUGUUUGGAAAGACAUUUUCUCAUAUUCAUACUUCAAAUAACCCUGAAUUCUUUAAAAUAAAAUACUCUUCUAAAAUAAAA